UAUUUCAUUUUGUACAGCUUGAACGUGAGUCAGUUGGCCACUCUCCUCCUUGACUCCAAACUAGUUUCAGUUCUCUGUCACUUUGGAAAUUUUGGAUGCGGAGAUGGAGGAUGGACACCGGUCAUGAAAAUGGACGGCAAUAAGGUAAGACAUUUGUGUACGUUUUCCCUUAGUUUGGCGACUAGAGUGAAAAAAAUGUGCCUCUGUCAGCGGUAACUUUCAAUUAUCCUAGCCUGCGAAUACAGCCGUUUCUCCUUGCUCCUCGUUGCUAGGGACGUUUCAUCAGGAGGAACGUCUGCACCUCAGCGACAGAAAUUCCAUACUAAUGACGUAAAAUUGUAAAUUUUCUGGGGAAGCAUAACCCCAGUCCUCCAAGUUUGAAGUGCCUUCUGUGCUCUAACUUUUCUUCUCGUGCGUAUACAUGCUAAGUCCUUGUAUCUGAAAGAUUUAAGUAUUAAGAACACCUUUAAGCUUCUGGAAUAUCUCGGUCAGUAGCAGAGGUCAUCAUCCGCUUUUCCUGUCAGACGAGGUGAAGGUUUUCAUAUCAAAACACAGAAGCCUCUGGUCUCUGUACUUGCGAACAGGCGAGAAGUAGAGAUAAUUAUAUUCAAUUCGGCAUUUUUCAAUCGCAUCAAUGAUUAAAGAGCGCAGUAUUUGUUUACUUUUUAUUCUAUCGGUGACCAUUAACGCCAUUUCGCCUGCUGUGACUAAUUUCAUUUUAUAAAUCUGGAGAAACAAGGACGUUGAAGAUAUUCUUUUCACUGUAAUUGUUCUUUCAUUGCAAAUUCCUUUUUUUUUUUCUUUUCCGGAAAGGAUGUUGUCUUUAGAAGAAAAAAGAAACCUGUGAACUUUUCUUUUUAAAGGACAAUUUUUCUAUUUCUUCCUCCUUUCUACCACAGCAAACUUUUCACUACAACUCCCCUCUCUGGAGCAACAAAGAAACCUUCAGCCUUGAGGGAGGGAAGACUGGGUUUGACACACAGGAGACCAAACUUCCCUCCUACUGGAACACAUCCUUCUCCAAGAUCUGCCUCGGUAUGAAGAUCGGCCAGCAGUUCAAAUUUAUUGUCAUCAACAAGCAGGCGAACUCCUUGUACUCUCUGAUCGCUGAUGGGCAAUACCGGAGCACCUCACUGGGUCGUGACAAGUGGAAGUCGCUGAUUGGUUCUGAGGCCUCCUUGCAGAAAAACUGUAACAAGGAAGGGUUCAAUGCUGUUAGUAGUCAUCCUGACAACUCUAAAGCAAGAAUCGGUAUCAUUGGUGACAAUAGAGGAGAUUGCAGGGACGGUGACUCUAGAAUUGGGUUUGGCACUGGAGGAACUCCUGAUAAGAGCAACUCAUGUGGAAACGAGGCGGCUACAUUUGCUCCAGAUAAUGGCGUAAAGCAUAUUAAGACAAUGGGAUAUAUUUUGGUGCUGUAA